AUUUUUAGUCACAGAUUAUAAAAGUGUGUGUUAGUGUCUGUGGAGUCUUCCACCGAUUAAACCAUCCGAGUCGGUCACUGGACUUCUCGCGGCUAGAAAAAUACAGAAAGUUUGACAAAAAAUCUACCAAAUUCUUUGAAUUUGGAAUGAAAAUUUAAAAAAAAAAACUUCAGGCAGUAGCAAAAUUCUCUAUCCAAAUAAAAUGUAUGAAGAUGGGUUUACAUUUUAUUCUCCUGAACUUAAACCAAAUUUCAAUAUUCCACUGUGUGUUCAACAUCUGGACAAUUUUAUGUUGGAAAAAGACAGAGUAAAUGUUCCUGAAGUAGGAGAAUUUUUAUUAGAAAAAGAAUAUGACCCUCUUCUUCAUCUUGAAGAUCUGAUGAUGUUAGAUGACAUCAGAAAAUGGAACGAAGGCAAUAAAACGACAAUUGAUGAUCAAGCUCUACCGUCAUUUACAGAAUUACAUUCGAUGGAGACUAAUCACGUAUUCCCGUCACUGGCUCAAAAUUCUAGUCAUAAUACAUCAUCAUGUCUAAAUAAGAAUGAAGAAUUCCUUCCAAACUUUUUGGACACAUCAAGUGACACAUUCCAGGAUCUAACUCCACUCAUGCCAGGGGGAACAACAGCUCAAACUGCUUCUACUUCAUCCAUCCUAUCUGAAUCAUAUUCUACACAUUCAGGUAUCGGAGAAAAUAGCUCGUCCAAUAGCUCAUUUACCGUAAGCAGCUAUUCAAGUGAAAUUGUAUCUGUAAAUGAACGAUCUUCAUUUUCUCCAUCAAGAUGUUUUAACAUUUCGACCGAAGAAAUUUCUUUUGAGAACUCUGCAAAACUUUCAAAGUAUAAUAAAAGUUUAGUCAUUAAACACGAGACUCAUCAAGAUGUACGACGAAAAAACAAUAUUGCUUCUCAAAGAUCCAGAAUGACUAGAAAAGAAAAGGAGAGAGAGAUGGAGAGGAGGGCAGAUAUGUUGGAAAGAGAAAAUGAAACUUUGCGGAUCAAAGUUAAAAAAAUGGAAGAAAUUGCUGAAGAAUUAAAAAGGCAUUUGUUACAAAAUAUUUUAAAGAGGUAAAUCUCAAGUUACAACUUAACCACAUUCAUCAGAAACCAUUGGUUAUUUAUUCUAGUCUAAAAAUCAGUUUUCUAAAAAAAAAGUUUUUUACAUGUAAAAUUCCUUGUUUGUAUCUUGGAAUUAAAUUUCAUUAGUGAUAGCAGAAAAAAAUUGUGAUUUAGUUUCUAGAAAUUUUUGACAGUUAUACAGCUUGCAGCUCAAUUUGUUUUUUAUUAUUUUUUUUUAUCUUUAUUCAUAGUGUUUGAUAUUUUGGUAAUAAUGCUUGUAUUUUGAUAUUUGGUGUGAAUGAAUGUAAAUAGCAUUUUCUUAUUUAUUCAUUUCAUUUUAUAGCAUUUUUGCCCAAAUGAUAGUUUUGAAAACACAUAUCAGGCUUUGUAAUACACAAAUUUUACAAUAAUUUUUAAAUAUGUCAGACUCGGUUACAUGGAAUUACCUGAAAUCCACCAAAAAUAGCUAAAUUUAUUACUGGAUUAAAUAACUUGGCACUGUUAAUCGUUUUGUUUUUGUAUCACCUUGAAUGAUAAGUAAUUUAACAAUUAAGAUAGUUCAGAUUCAAUAGUAAUUUUGAUUUCAGAUUAUUCAUUGUAUCUAAAACAAUAUAUUAAAGCAAAAACUAAUUACAUAGAUUAAUUUAUAUUUAAUGAAAUUAACUGAAAUAGAAGUUAAAACAAUAAUUGGUUUAAUUGUAGAUAUAUUAUGAAAUAUUUUCUCAUAUAAGCUGGUAAAGGUUAAUAAUAUAUUUAAUACAAUUAUAAUGUGUUUUCAUAAAUUACUGAGGUGCUAAAGGGAAAGAUUAGUGUGUGCAAUAAUAUGUAAUCAAUAGUAGAUAGGAAUUUAUUGAUUACUUGUACUAUAUUUUGAAUGGUUGAUGGUGCAUUAGACAUUUUUACCAAUUGUACAGGUGGAAUUUUCCACAUUUCAUCCCAUUUCUGCUCAAUUUAACUGUAUUCAUGAAAAUGUUGGAUGUUAAACCACAUUUCUGUAAAUGUUUUGUGAAAAGAAAAAUAAACACAGUGAUUUUAUAGAAA